AUGCCUAAUAAUUUCCGGGAUAUCAGCGAGACCUUCGUGGAUGAGGAGAACAAAAUAGUUUUCCACAAGAAUGUUUCUGUUCCCAUGAAAUGGAAUGGGAGUGUGCUCCGUAUCAACGUAUACCGUCCUCUGGCGGAGGGUACCUAUCCCAGUUUGGUCACGUACGGACCAUAUGGAAAGGACAUCUACUAUGGAGACUUUCAUGCGAAGUCCUUCUCCGAGGUCAAUCCCGCGCAUAAAUCAAAAUACUCAGCAUGGGAGACACCGGAUCCCGUAUUUUGGACCAAACACGGCUACGUCGUUGUCCGCGCAGACGAGCAAGGUUUAGGCCAAUCACCUGGUCUACUUGAUACCAUGUCAGCCAGCACUGCCAACAGCUUCUUCGAUCUGAUUGAGUGGACUGCCGUACAAGUUUGGUGCAGCGGCAAGGUUGGCUUGCUGGGCGUGAGCUACUAUGCCGGGAGCCAAUGGCGUGUCGCAGCAAAACGCCCCAAAGGUCUGGCCGCCAUCGUACCUCACGAAGGCAUGUCUGAUUACUACCGCGACCGGUGUCGCCACGGCGGGGUCCUGUCGAACAACUUCAUCGAUUUUUGGUGGAACCGACAAGUGGUCACCAAUCAAUAUGGUCGACCUGGUCGCUCCAAGUCCCGCUGGGGAGAAGACACAAUCGAAGGUGAUCUGGAUCCUGCUGAGCUCGCGGAGAAUUGCCGAGAUCAGAACGUCGAUAACGCGGAAAAUCCAUAUCUUGACGACGAGUAUCACGCGUCGAAGGUCUUCCGUCUCGAAGAUAUCGAGGUGCCAUUGCUGAGUGUUGCAAAUUGGGGCGGAAUUACGCUGCAUCUGCGUGGUAAUGUGGAAGGGUAUACGUUGGCCGGCUCUAAAUACAAGUUCCUGCGAUUCAUUGUCGGACGGCACGACUUGCCAUUUUAUUACGACGAGGAGGUGGAAGUGCACCGCAGCUUUUUGGAGGCUUUCUUGAAAGACAACGAUUAUGCUGGCUGGAAGACUGGUAAGGUUUCACCGGUCAGUAUUUGCUUGAGAAAGGGAGAUGUUGGAUUUAACAACCCGGUGGGUGAGAGCACCUUCCCGCGCAGGGACGAGAUGGAGUGGCCCCUUGCGAGGACAGAGUAUACCAGGUUCUUCCUGACCCCUGAGUUCGGCCUCGUGGGGACGAUGCAAGGGGAUGGUCGGGUUGGGCGAUCUGUUCUGUCUUAUGACGCGGGCGACUCCUCUAACAUUGGAUUGAAAGUGCUGGAAUUCAAGAUGCCGCCUGUUGAAUCAGAAAUGGAAGUCACAGGCCAUGUGCUGGCGCAUUUAGCGGUCUCUGUUGACAGCUCUGUCUCACCACCUCCGGAAGACUUGGACUUGGAUCUAUUCCUGACGCUACGCCAUUUUACAGCUGCAGGAAGGGAAGUGUCCUAUACUGGAUCGUCUGGGGAUGCUGUCCCUGUCACGAGAGGCUGGUUGCGAACCAGCAUGCGCAAGGUCAACACUCAAAGCCCUUAUCACCGACCAUAUCUCCCUCGGAGAGAGUAUAGAUCGGUCGAUGUUCAACCAGUUAAAAGUGGGGUGGUUUAUGAAUGUGACGUGGAGCUGUGGCCGACUAAUGUCGUCCUUGAAAAGGGAGGUUGGCUACUGCUGCAAAUAUCAUCAGAAGAUACGGAGCCUGGCGUAGGCCUCUUCAAACACAACUCUCCAAGUGACCGGCCUGCUGGAAGAUUUGCUGGAACAAAUACCAUCCACUUCGCUGGGUAUGAAAACUACCUGCUGCUACCCGUGAUACCCUGA